AUGUUGAAGGUUGAAGUGGUAGCAUUGUUUGUUAAAUUGGACGAACAAGAAUUAAUGAGCAUGUUUAAGUCGCGACGUACAGAAAUCGGAUUGGAAAACAUCGAAAGCAAUCCGGACCGACUUAAUUCUAUCUUCGACAUUGUGAAUCAUUCAACGGCUUAUCAGCAAGGAUCAUAUUUCAUAAAAGAAAUGGAAAUGCUUGAACAGCAAAUUGGAACUGGUAAUAAAAUAGUACCUUGUGAUUUAUCAUAUCAGUUGACGUUUCACAAUGAAGAACAAAGAACGUUUAUGGAAAAAAAAGUAGAGCAGAAACACAAAUGUACUGCUAGUGCUUGGAAUGUGGAUGAAUCUAUGGAGCAGAUAAUGAAAGAGCAAAUACAAGAAUGGAGUCCUGCUACUGAAAAUACCUGUACAUAUGCAAUCACUAAGAUUGAUGAUUAUUGCUACAGUGGCGGUCGAAACAUUCGAAGCACUUCAGAGUCUGCAGAACCUCGUCCAUCAGUGAAUGUCGAUUGCAACCACUUAUACAUGUUCACAAAAUGUUCCGUUCUUCCAAUGCGUAUAGAACAUGAAAGUGGUACUGUUAAAGCUCAAUCUUAUUCAUCAAAAGAGGAAGCUUGUAGCGAACGUUCUGUUUUCUUUCCUGAUAUUUUUUCUACAAAAUAUUUGGAUUUGAUAUUUAGCAAUCAAGUUUUCACCAGAAACAAUGCUGGAACAUGCACAAAUGAGUUGUGUAAAGUAAAUCGUCGUAAUCAGAGACAGGUCCCAUCUCCACCUUGGCAACAGUUUCUCCAUCGUGUUCGUGGUAGAUUCAUUGCAGAUACGAGAAGGCUGAUGAAGCUUCAAGAAACUGUUGAACCUAACAACGUCCAUGAUUGUGACUUUUUUAAGAAAGAAAUUCCAAAACGAAAGUGCAGAAUAGAAAUUUUUGAUGAAAUACAUACGAAACAUAUGCAAAUGCUGGAAAAAUCACCGCAUGCCACAAAGUUGAUUACGGAGUGA